AUGCUUCGGAUUGUUGUGGUGGGGGUGGGGGGCGAUAAGGCCGCGCGCAUUAUGCCGCGGGGCCGACAACUUCCCGCCUUCAGCAUUGCGCCGGGAGAUUUCGGGGGUGGCGGAGAGGAGUGGCGCAACGUGUGCCCCGGCUGUUUUGUGAAGUUCGCCAUCGCCGCCAAAGCCCCAGCAAUGUUUCGGAGAUGGCGGGGGAGCCAGGC